AUGAAACUUUUGCUACUCUUCGUCUUCUUCGGCCUGGUCACCGUGCUGGCUGUGGCGCAGUGGGGCGGCUAUCAGCAGCAAGGCCAAGCCAACCCAUUUGCUAAUUGGAAUAACGGCGGAGGUCAAGCAGCAGCAAACGCCGCCGCUGCCUCUGCAAACACCGCCCAAACCGGCAACGGCUGGACCGGCAGCGAAGGAUGA